CUUUUGAGGACAUUCCAUUUUCACCGCACACACCAACAUGUCCUUAUAUUCCACAGAGACCAAAAGACAACAGUGAAAAAAGCAGCUGAAACUGGUGGUGGCUAUCCAAAAGAACAUGAUUCUAGUUUUUCUAUUUCCCAUUAUUAAAACCUCGGUUUCUCCGUCUUUGUUGGAGACAACCCAAUACAUGUUUACUCACGUAACCACUCUAAUGUCCACCCCUUUAUUCUUCUUCAUUCCCCAAUUUCACCUCUCUAAUGGCAUCAAUCACGCUUUCUUCUGAUCCCUUUGCUUCAAAGACUCUUCCUAUAUCCUCUUCCAGUUACUGCAUUCAGCUUGGGACAUCAAGGAUCUCUGCUCGUGCGUUGAUCACUGGGAGAAUUGAGCAAACCCAUCUCAGAUUGUCGACGGAACUGAGGAGAAAUCAAGGUUUCACUUUAAAGGCUUCUAUGGGGCCUCCAGGACUUACAGAACAACUUAAUAACAGCAAGCUAGAUACUUUAGCUGAAGCUGAAGAUGAGUGUGAUAUAUUUAAUGAUCUUAAGGAUAGGUUUCUAAGUUUUAAGAAGAAUAAAUACAUGAAAAACCCUGAGCAGUUUGAAAGUCUUGCCAAGGCUCAAGAACCAAAGUUCAUGGUUAUUGCCUGUGCAGACUCUAGGGUAUGCCCCUCAAAUGUUUUGGGAUUUCAACCAGGAGAAACAUUCACGAUUCGCAAUAUUGCUAAUUUAGUUCCUCCUUUUGUGAGAGGACCCACAGAAACAAAUGCUGCACUAGAAUUUGCUGUAAACACCCUUCAGGUUGAGAACAUCUUUGUCAUUGGCCACAGCUGCUGUGGAGGUAUACGCGCCCUUAUGAGUAUGCAAGAUGAUGCCAGUGCAAGCUUUAUAAAAAAUUGGGUUGUUAUUGGGAAGAAUGCAAGAAUAAAAACUGAGGCUGCUGCUUCCAACCUCAGCUUUGAUGAGCAGUGCAGCCAUUGUGAGAAGGAAUCCAUUAAUCAUUCCUUAUUAAACCUACUUACUUACCCAUGGAUUGAACAAAAGGUGGCGAAUGGAGAACUCAUGAUUCAUGGUGGUUACUACAACUUUAUUGACUGUUCAUUUGAGAAAUGGACAUUGGAUUACAGGGGAACCAAAGUGGAUGGAAAUGGCAGAAUUGCUACCAAAAACAAAGCAUUUUGGUGCUGAGUUUUUACUUCUACUUUCCUGUAUAAUGUAUUGUAUUGCGUUUCUAAAAUUUAUACUUGUAUGACUUUAAAAGCACAGGAUGAAUAAUGUACUUUUUCACAACUUAUAAACUAACUUAAUUUAAACUUCA